AUGACGAAAGACGAAGAAGAGGAAGGAAGUUAUGACAGUGACGAAGGACAAGACAUCAAAGCACAACCCUCCCGAGACGUCUCUUCAUGCUCCACUGUGACUGGUCCAUCCCCCUCGUCUGUCGUCAAGCUGGAGGCCAAUCAGAAAGCCCGGAACAAAAAAGAGAGGCAGGAGCUUUACGGUUCCCAGAGUCUGUCCGGGGCAGAGGGAGAGGUGAAGGUGAGGAAGAGGGCCCCCUGUAGGCUUGGCAUGGUCACUGCAGCCAAGAAGCACCCAGAGUACCAGGACCAGUCAGAGGGGGUGAGGAGGGCCGGUGGACCCAGGCCCCAGGAGCCUCGCCGGGAGAGCCUAGGGACCAGGGGCAGCCUCUACCGGAGGACCAUGGGGCCGGUCACCUUCCCCACCACCAGUGAGAGGCUGAAGAGGGCCACACGCAAGAGCACCAUGCUGAGGGGACCCAUUAACAAGAGGAGAAGUUGCUGGUCAGGCGGUGUCCAAUCACCUCAGAGUGACGACAACACUUGCAGGGGGAGGAGGAUCCGAAACAAACAGCCCAAGGGCCGUGCAGUGAGCCGUCUACUAGAGAGCAUGGCGGCGGACGAGGGCUUUCAGAUGGACGAGGAUGAUAGCAGCUUCUCCGAGGGGGAUGAGGACAGUAACCCGUCAUACCCUCACAACCCCAGGAGUCCACUAGCAGCCCCCAGCUGUGUCCUGACCCAACAGCUGCUGACAGAUGGACUCAGGGUGCUGAUCUCCAAGGAGGAUGAACUUCUGUACGCAGCCCGGGUCCACACACUGGAGCUGCCUGACAUCUACAGCAUUGUUAUUGACGGGGAGAGAGGAAACCGCCCCAGAAUCUACUCACUGGAGCAACUGCUGCAGGAAGCGGUCCUGGAUGUGCGUCCAGAGACAGAGUCGGUGCUCUCUGAGGGGACGAGGGUGUGUGCCUACUGGAGCGAACGCUCUCGCUGCCUAUACCCAGGCAACAUACGCCAAGGUGGUUCUGGGGAGGAGGGGAAGCAGGGAGGUGUAAUGGUGGAGUUUGAUGAUGGAGACAGGGGGAGGAUCUCCCUCCUAAACAUCCGCCUCCUCCCCCCGGGCUACCAGAUCCACUGUGCGGAGUCGUCCCCUGCCCACCUGGUGUCUAGCGGCCGGGCGGCUCGGAGGAGCUUCAGUCUGGAAAAAGCCCCGCUGAGUGAGAGAGUCUCGGAAAGACAGGCCAGCACAGAGCCUGUCAGGAGACGACCAGGGAGACCCAAAGGUUCAGGGAAGAAGAAGAACCUGUCAGACAGCAGCAAUAAGAACGCAGCCCCUCUGCUCAGCUGGCCGGCUGUGGCCGUCCCCAGGAAGAGAGCCUGUGAAAAUCUGUUCCAGCUCAACGGGACUCCCAGGAAGGCCCUGAGGGGGACGAGGGAGGCCCACCUGUUCCCCCUGCCCCCGGCCCCUGUCUCUGCCCCAACCAAGGGCCUGUUCAGCAGCAGCUCCUUCGAGGUUGACUCCUUCAGCAGCAUCGCUAACGGCUACUCCUCCUUCUGUAGCACCCAGCCCACCGGCAUGUCCCUGGGUUCCAGGACCGGGCCCUAUGUCCAGAGACGGAGGCCCGGCGAGGUUCCACGGAGCAGCAGGAAGAGCGGUCAGGAGUUCCUGGUCAAACUGGAUCACGAGGGGGUGACUUCACCCAAGACGAAGAACAGCAAGGCCCUGCUGCUGCUGGGCGGUGGUUCUGGGUUCGGGGCCAAAGGCGUGGGCGGCCUCCCCAGGCCUGAGGCCUACUCCCACCCAGUCCUGCUGGUCAAGGACAACAGGAAGGCAGGUUCUGCCUCGAGGGCUGAGCUCCUCCUUAAGGGUGCCCCUCCUCCACAGAGGAAGGCUUCUCCCUCCCUGUCUAUGGGGGAGUACGGUGUCGGCGAGCUGGGUCUCAGCUGCCAUCGGGACUGCCACAGCUCCUACUCGGACCUGGACGACGAAGAGGAGGAGGAGAGGAGGAGGAGAAGGGCGGCUGCGCUGGCCACAGCAGCCUCUGGAGGCCUGAGGACGGCGGGAAGCUUUCUCUCGCGCCUCUCCGUCUCAUCCUCUUCCUCUGGUUCCUCAAGUUCAUCCAGCUCAGGCUCCAUGUCCAGUUCCAGCCUGUGCUCCUCGGAUAACGACUCGUCCUACAGCUCGGAGGAUGAGGAGAGCUCCACGCUGCUGCUACAGAGCUGCCUGUCCUCCCACCAUGGCCUGCUGCAGUCCCCUGAGCCCCCGGCCCCAGCCGGACCCCACCAGGGCCAACAGUCCUUCGUGGCCAAGGCCGUGGCCGUAUCCAACACCAAGGGAGGAGGAGCCACCAACGACCACAGUGCCAACAACAAGCUUCUCAAAAGGAAGGAGUGCGGCAGCUCGUCCCCCUCCAAACCCCCCAGAGACCUGGUGAAGAGGCAGAGGAUUAUCCCCGAUGAUGCAGGACCAAGACCCAAGAUGAACACGUUCCUACCGGGAAGACAGAUGUGGAGGUGGUCGGGGAACCCCACUCAGAGGCGGGGGCUGAAGGGGAAGUCCAGGAAGCUGUUCUACAAGGCCAUCGUACGGGGAAGGGACGUGGUGCGAGUGGGCGACUGUGCCAUGUUCCUCUCUGCCGGCCGGCCCCACCUACCCUACGUGGGCCGCAUCGAGAACUUCUGGGAAUCGUGGAGCUCCAGCAUGGUGGUGAAGGUCAAGUGGUUCUACCACCCAGAGGAGACCAAGUUGGGCAAGAGGCACCGCGACAGCAAGCACGCUCUGUAUCAGUCGUGCCACGAGGACGAGAAUGACGUCCAGACAAUCUCCCACAAGUGCCAGGUGGUGAGCCGCGAGGAGUAUGAGCACAUGGCCCGCGGCCAGAAACUCAGCAGCAGCGUGACCACCCAAGGCCUGUACUAUCUGGCUGGCACCUACGACCCUACCAGCGGUCAACUGCUCACUGCUGAGGGGGUGGCCAUCGUCUGCUGAGCUGAGGACAUCUUGUCCUUAGGAUACUACUGAACCACCCAUCUGAUGGGAAAUGAAGGUGAAGGUCCCCGCAGCUUUGCCUGAAGGUGCCCAUGGCCUGACUCAGUCCGUAGGAGGGUUCCCAGAUGGGUUAGUCCUGGAGGAAGUGAAGGUCAAGGUGCCUGUGGCUUUGCCUGAAGGACCCCUGGCCUUAGUCAGUGCUGACUAGUGGUGGACGUCAGGGCCAAGGCAGGGCUGUCCCCUGUCUACACUGGAUAUCUCAACACACAUGGCUGCUAGACUGGGGUCUAGUUAGAAGAAGGGGAGGAGGUAGCCAUUCACAGCAGUGAACCCCAUUCUGCUCACACCCUCACUGGGUAACUGAAGACAAAGAUCUGGGUCCUGAACAACCAGGAUCCAGGAGGUCAAUGAGACCAGACUGACUUUCCAUUGGUCCAACUUAACAUCUCUUUAGUUUAGACUGAGGAUGUUAUGUUUGAGGGACUGUUUCACACCUCAUCUUUACACCACUCACCCAUCAUAGGUCACCAAAUUAGAGCUGAACGUAGGCUUGGAUUGGACAGUUCAAGGCACCAUUAGGUCCCUCCGGAACAGGCCUGUGGUUGCCUCAUUUCAGCUGAGUGCGUGAGUGAGUGAGGUAUGGGAUGUACUCUCCAUAGUUCGUCUUCGUGAUUCCAGGGAUGUUAAAAUAUGUAUAAGAUAUCGAUGAUAAAGAUGUAAAUAUUUGGAAUAAUUUUUCCAGUCAAGCCAUACACUUCAGUACCUCUUGUCUCUCUUAUGGAUCAGGUGUAUACUGUACAGGUCAAUUAUCUGUUAUUUUUGUUGUUGUUGUUGUCUAUAUGUAUAUAACAACUAUUUUAUAUAGAAGUAUAUAUGAAAGGUAUCUUUCCAUGUUUUUUUAUUGAUUUAUUUUUCUAUGAGGGGUGAAUAUGGCUCUUUGUGUUUUUUUUGGGACGAUGAGCUGAAGAUGUAAAAGUGUUGCACUACAUAUGCCCUGCUGAGACAGACAGACAGACAGACAGACAGACAGACAGACAGACAGACAGACAGACAGACAGACAGACAGACAGACAGACAGACAGACAGACAG